CAAUUUUUUGGUACGACCCUGCAGCCAACCUAGCCCUCACCGGAAUCCCAGGCACCGCCCCCGAGAAAGAAGAAGACGACAAAAUCAAAAAAGAACCCGAGACGAAGGAAGAAGAGAAACCUGACGAGAAAAAACCCGAAGAAAAGGAGGAAAAAGAGGACAAAACAAUAAAGACAGAGGCGGCCGCCGAUCAAAUGACCAAUUUCGGGUUAAAGUUGGACCAGUACAUCAAGAAACCCGCAGCUUUGAGAAACAAAAGCGCCGCCUCUUUAACCCGAGACUGGACGGAACAAGAAACUCUUUUGUUAUUGGAAGGUCUCGAGAUGUACAAAGACGAUUGGAACAAAGUUUGUGAGCACGUGGGUUCCCGAACCCAGGACGAGUGCAUUUUGCACUUUUUGCGUUUACCGAUUGAAGAUCCAUACCUGGAGGACCCCGAAGCCGGUGGUGCACUAGGUCCACUAGCCUAUCAACCGAUUCCUUUCAGUAAAGCGGGAAACCCUAUUAUGUCCACAGUAGCCUUUUUAGCUUCCAUAGUGGAUCCUAGAGUGGCCGCCGCCGCCGCCAAAUCCGCCAUGAACGAAUUCGCCAGCAUAAAAGACGAAGUCCCCGCCGCCGUCAUGGACGCCCACUUGAAAAACGUGGAAGCCUCCUCCGCCGAGGGCAAGUACGACCCUGCAGCCAACCUAGCCCUCACCGGAAUCGCAGGCACCGCCCCCGAGAAAGAAGAAGACGACAAAAUCAAAAAAGAACCCGAGACGAAAGAAGAAGAAAAACCAGACGAGAAAAAACCCGAAGAAAAGGACGAAAAAGAAGACAAAACGAUAAAGACAGAGGCGGCCGCCGAGCCCGUCAAGAGCGAAAAACCCGAGCAACCCGAACCCAAGUCCGAGCGCACGGUGAAAGACAGCGAGAUGCAGAGCGCCGCGGCCGCCGCGUUGGCGGCGGCCGCCGUCAAAGCCAAGCACCUGGCGGCGGUCGAAGAGCGCAAGAUUAAGUCACUGGUGGCCUUGUUAGUGGAAACACAGAUGAAGAAGCUCGAAAUCAAGCUGCGGCACUUCGAGGAGCUGGAGACGACGAUGGAGCGCGAAAGGGAGGGGCUGGAGUAUCAGCGGCAGCAGCUGAUCACGGAGCGGCAGCAGUUCCACCUGGAGCAGCUGAAGGCGGCGGAGUUCAGGGCGAGGCAGCAGGCGCACCAGAGGCUGCAGGCCGAUCAGGGCCAGUGGGCCUUGCAGCAGCCGCAGAUGACGCAUACGGCGCCGCCCAACGAGGGGGCGGCCACCAACACGCCCACGCCUCCCAGUCCGCAAGCCGCCGCCGUCGCGUCCCCCGGGGCGCCGCAUCAUCAUAUUUAAGCUGCAAGUUUGGUUCGUAGGCGUAGGAGUUUUUUUAUUACGAUUCGCAUUCUUUUGUCUUUUUAAGUAUACAUGAUAUGAUUUGGGCUUUUAUUUUUAUUAUAUUAUGUAGGAGUCUACAUUUCGUGAUUGAUUUGUAAGUGGUUCUUGUAUUAAAUAUGUACAAAACU